UAUGCAUGUCUUUGCAUUUGUCCCAACCUCAUUUCUGGUUUGUGGAUCAGUUUGAUUUAAAAUGACCUUUAAGAAGUUAAAAGUAAUCAAACUCAUGGUCAGUUUUUGGCGUCAUCACAUGUUUAAAUCAUCAUAAAACUUGUGUCACAACCCGUGUUUGUCACCGCCGGUCUUUAAUUCACAGAAAAUGCUCAUUUGUUUCCUCCUGAGAAAUCAUGCGACCUACAAACACCAACAUGACGCUGACUGUUCAGCUCAGUUCCCCUUUUUUAACCUUCGAGGUUCAGCAACGCUUCCCAAAGCGGCAUUAUCCUGUUCUGUUUGAAAGGUCGAUCAUGGAGCAUGCUGCUUUACCUCUCAGGAACAAAUCAGGACCUCGCAUACAGGCUCUGAAGUCUCUGCUGGUUUACCUCUGGGAUGUUUACUCCAAACCUGCUCCGUCAGGCAGAGAAAUCCUUUCUCUGCUGUCUAUCUGCUCCACCUUCGCCGUCUUUACCGGUGGACUGCUGCACCACUGGCUGUCACAGACUCUAAAAUACGACCAUGUUGCUUCGGUCCAGACCACCUGCUUCUACAGCGUAACCAUGCUGCUGGUCUCCUUCCUGUUCCACCCCCUCCGCUGCGUUCUCACCAUGAUCCUGCCCACUGUGUGCACCAAACAGGGACGCAAACUCCUCAUCUCGGCCUCCAUCAUGAUUCUGGUGCUGAAUGUCAUCCCUAACAUCACGGUCAACGUAAGAGCGGUCGCGGGGAUCCUGAAGUGCACGGCUGAGGGCUUCACAAGGACCCUGCUGAACUCGUCUGAACCCUUCAACGAAGCAAAGCGAGACCUGGUUGAGGAAGCCAUCAGAGUACAGAGGGAGGACUUGAGCAUCGUCACCAAGUUAAGGAAGUUGGACCAUUUCACACAUGUUGACGUGUCAGAAGUCAGAAGCACGUUUUCUAAAGUGAUUGAUCAGAUAGAGGUCAACUUCUCACAUGCAAAGAACCUGCUGAUAGAAUACAAGCUGCUGUCAAACCGGAUCCUCGCAGCUGUUUUUGUUGCAUUACUGAUUAUUGAAUCUGCACGAUAUUUAAAAUCCUACCUGACCUCUGUUCAGUUUGAUAACCGCUUCAUCUCUGCGUCUUCUGAAGGGGAUGAACAGCGGCCUAAAGAUAAAAUCAGGGUCGCAGUUUGCAAAAUAACAAGUCAGGAAUGUACCUCUUCCUUCAUAUCUCUGGUCAUUGUGACGUUAUACUUUAUUGCAAUAACUCUAAUUGUAGUUUUAGAUCACAUUGUGUAUCACAUAAUCCAGAUUAUCGUGCCCUGGGUGAUGGAUUUCCCACCAACAACUGCUGCUAUAACUGUCAGUUAUAAGGUUAACUGGUUUCCUCCUGCCCUCUGCAUUAUCCCUCAGUCAUGUGUCCCACAGGAGCUGCUAAACUUCCACAAGGACUACAAGUGGACCUUCGACCCCGAACCGUCUCUCUGUGAUGUGACAACGUCAGCUCCGAAGCUGGGCGUCGCUCUCCUGCUGGGAUGUCUGUGGCUCAUGAGCUACCUCAUGGUGUUUCUCGAAGUUUACGCCAGGCGGCUUCGCAGAAAAAUCUGCGUCUCGUUUUUUAGAGAGCAGGAAGAAAGAAGGAGAGUGUAUUUGACAAAGAAAUUAGAGGAAAAACAGAAGACGAGGAAGGAAAGGAAAGCUAAAGCUAUUAAUGUUUGAAUUUAUUUUUAGAAGGUUUUGUUGGCUCCAGUGGCCUCCAUCUGAAAGUAGUUAGACAGGAAAGAGGGUAACGACACAUGUGGCAAAUGUCACCAGGCUGGGAAUCGAACCCACGACCACCGCCACGAGGACCUCGGCCUCAAAACAUGGUUCGCACUCCGUCCCUGCUAAUUCAAAAUAAUGUUUGAAUUAGAAACAUUAUUUCUAAUUCAAACAUUAGAAAUAAUGUUUGAAUUUCUAAGUGAAAUCUAUCUAAUUAUGAUAUAUUUCUAUUUUAGACCAACAUAAUUGUGUUUUUUUAUGUCUAUUUUAUUUUUUGUUUAACUUAUAAGAUGGAAGAAAGUAACAUUAUUUAACCCCAAAUACAAAUUAGGUUUAAUAGAAAAAUUUACAAACUAGCAUCUGCUUGGAACAAUACAUUAAACAAGGAACAAUUUAAAUAGCUCAACACAACUCUUAUUAGCUUCUCAAAAUUUACCACAAAAUUUCUGUUUUAAUGACCACUGUGACUUAAAAGUUAUUUUGUUUCCUUAUAACAAGCAUCUGUACUUAGUCAUAUUUUCACUGUUAUUCAUUCAUUUAUGAAUAUCACAGUUUCAAACAAAACAUUUAAGUAGGAAGGUAAAUAUUCAGUCGACCUAUUAAGUAUUUAAAUUUAGAUAGCAAGCUAAAUAUCUAGCUUUAAAGCAGCUCAGAGCUAACUAAAUAUUUACCUAGCUCAGGGCUAAUUUUUUUGUUUGGGGCUAAAUAUUGAGUUAGCAAACUUUAAGCUAGAUCAGAGCUAAAUAUUGAUGUUAUACAUUCAAUAUUGAGCUGCUUCAUGUUCACUCAACCUAAAUAUGUAACUCUAAACUCAAUAUUUAGUUUGUAAACUAAAUUAGGGUAUUUAUUUUUUCACCCUCCAGAUGUGCAGUUCUUGGAAAAGCAUUGAUGGUCAGAAGCAAAUUAAUGUUUAGCUUGUCCAGUAGUGAAACUGAAACUCCAGUGGCUCCUGUUUACAAGUUUUGGUUUUUAAGUUCACAGUGUUUGGUGAAGAAAUUUCUUACUUUAGCCAUAUUUCUAAAAUGCAAUGAAGUAUUUGAUGUGUUUUAACUAAAGCAUUAAAAAAAAUUUUUAACUUUUA